AUGAUUGCAGAAUUCCACAGGAUGAGGAAGGAGUCUGUACCAGAGGGAAUUGAAACAAUGGAUUUGAAAUUGUUGAUUGACACUCUGCGAGAAUAUCUCAAGGAAAAGAGAUAUGCAGUUGUUUUUGAUGAUGUGUGGAGCACAUACUUGUGGGAGUGUAUAAAGCUUGCAUUACCCGAGAACAACAAUGGCAGUAGGAUAAUUAUCACAACUCGCAAGACUGAGAUAAGGCGUGGGAACUCUUCUGCAAGAAGACAUUUCGAUAUACCGAGGGAUAUUAUCCACCAGAGUUGGAGUCUAAUAGUUAGUAGAUGUGGAGGAUUGCCUCUUGCAAUUGUGGCUAUAAAUGGACUUCUACAAACCAAAGGCGAGGAUGUGUCUCAAUGGAGAAAAUUGCUUGAUAGUCUUAGCUCAGAGCUGGAGUCUAAUCAUCAUUUGACAAAUAUUACAAAAAUUCUUUCUUUUAGCUAUUAUGAUUUACCAUACCAACUCAGACCUUGCUUCUUAUACUUUGGGACAUAUCCAGAAAAUCGCACCAUCAGAUGUGCUAGACUAAUUCGGCAAUGGAUCGCUGAAGGGUUUGUAAAGGAGCAGAGAGGAAAAACAUUGGAAGAUGUUGCGGAAGAAUACUUAACUGAGCUUAUCCAAAGAAGCCUAGUUCAAGUGUCAUUAGUUUAUUUCAAUGGGAAACGCAGAAGAUGUCAAGUCCAUGAUGUCAUUCGAGAGGCUGUGAUUCGUUUAAGGACUGAAGAUCUGACCUUUUCUCAAUUUUUGGAAGAAGAUUCAAGUUUCAAUGAAAAUUCCAGGCACCUAUCUGUUUAUAGCAAUGCAUACAAUAUUUUUGGUAGUAUCAAAAACUCUCGUGCCCAUUCCUUGUGUUUUUUCAAUGGCAUAGGUGAGCCACAAAAUCCUCUUACUACUUGUAGUAAUUUGUACAAAAGAUUCAAGCUAUUGAGAGUACUGGACUUUGAAGGUAUUCUUCUUGACAAUCUUCUUGAGGAAGUUGGAUACAUGUACCACUUGAAGUAUUUGAGCUUGAGGAAUACAAGAGUGAAGAUUCUUCCAAAAUCCAUGGGGAAGCUUGUGAACCUCGAGACUCUAGACUUGAUGCAUUCCUUAGUGGAUCAGAUACCAAUUGAAAUCAAUAAGCUUCAUAAACUUAGAAGUCUUUUAGCAUACAAUGAGGACAAGAAGAAAGAGUUUAGUUUGACUAGACGACGAGGUGUGGUGAUUCAGGAUGGGAUCGAGCGUUGGGGAAACAUGCAAAAGCUAAUAAGCAAACUUCAGGCAGAUGAUGGCAAAGAAAGGAAUCUUUGGAAUUAG